ACAUGCUGCACCUGGAGGAGCCCGACAGCAGCGGCACCAACACUCCGGACCCCGAGGAGGGGGCUGAGGUGGGUGGGGACUGUGCCACGCUGCUCAAGCACAUCGGGGCUCUGCCCCUGGAGCUGGCCCGGCUCUACUUUGCCGAGACGGUUCUGGCGCUGGAGUACCUGCACACCUACGGCAUCGUGCACCGCGACCUCAAACCCGACAACCUCCUGAUCACCUCGCUGGGCCACGUGAAGCUGACGGAUUUCGGGCUCUCCAAGAUGGGGCUGAUGAGCCUCACGACCAACCUGUACGAGGGGCACAUGGAGAAGGACGCGCGCGAGUUCCGCGACAAGCAGGUGCGUGCUGCAG